AUGGCGUACAAGACUCAAAAAGUACAGAAGGUUAUGGUGCAGCCAAUUGUAUCCUUUUACUGAUGUUUGUAAUAUUUGUAACGACGAAUUUUGGUUGAAAAGUUGAAACAUAUUUUGUAACUUGUGGUUACCUAAAAGCACGUGUGUUGUGUAUUGUCAUUUGUUGCUUUUGUGUUAUUUGUGAGAUAUUUGGCUUUACGGCAGUGAAAUUCUAGUCCACUACUACUCCAUUAAAGUGUAGUGUGCAAUAUGGUCGGAGCUUGAAAAUUGGUAAUUUUUUCUGGUGCUGGAAAGAGAUAUUUAUAUAGAGCUUUUCCUUAAUAAUUUCCUUCCAUAUAGAACCUUAUAUUUCGAUAUUUACAAAACGUAAGUAUGUUUUAAUUAUUUGUUAUAAAUGCACAAGAGUCAUCCUUGAUAAGCAAAUUUGGCUGCAAUAAAUGAACUUGAGCCUCUAUUAAGUGGACACCUUUGGGACCUCACAAAUGUGUCUGUUUAAAGAAGAUGCCUGCUUAUUAGGGGUUACCGUCGCUUGCAACUAAGUUACUCGUAAAAACAUUGCCUAUUCACAUGAGAAUCUUCAAUGUUUGUCAAGAGCACAAGACAGACGUUCAACCAGCUCCAAGCUGAUUGGCUGAGCGAAUUGAAAACAUCAAAUGAUCAUGUCACAAACAUUGAACUUUCUCAGUAAAAACAUUGAACUUUGUCAUGAGAAUAGACAAUGUUUUAUUUAUCUGAGACCGUUUAUCCUCAGUUGCAAGUGACAGCAUUACAAUAGAGUUUUGUGUGUGCUUAAAAGGGUUGUCUGCUAAGUAGAGGUGUCCGUGUGUGGAGAUUUGACUGUGAUACAGUUAAAUUUCUCCUUAAAUACAUCCAGCAUUAAGAUGCAUUAAGACAGAUCACCAUUUAGGCUACAUUCACAUUAGGGCCAUUUAUACAAGCGAAAAUAAGUUGCAGCCUAAAUAAGCCACGGCUUAAAUAAGUCGCGAACGACUGUUGCAAUUUGCAAUAAGCCGCGGCUAGUUUAGGCCUAGCUUUCAAGCCUGGGCUUAUUUUAGCCACGGCUUGCGAACAAAUUGACUGUUUAUGCGAGUCGUUCGCGACUUAUUUAAGCCCUGGCUUAUUUAGGCCGCAGCUUAUUUUCGCUCGUAUAAAUGGCCCUAUUGUACUGGAUAGCUUUUCGUAACAAGGUGAAAAAACACCUGUCUGUACCUUUUUGGAUACUACCGGGUGUCCCAAAAAAAAGUACUCCGGUUUGAUUUAUAAUAACUUCAAAACAAGUAAAGCUAUCAAACAGAAAUAACUUGCAUUAAAUAGAAGAAGGGCUAACUUAGAUUUUGAUAUAUUACAGUUGUAUUUUACUUAAAAAUUCACGGAGAUAUUAAUGUUCAAAAUCGGGAGCAUAUUUUGGGAUGUGUCUAAAAUUAGCGAAAAUCGGCAUAUCAAAUAUUAACUCCAGCGUUUGUUUGCUUAAUGACAUAUCAGGAUAAUUUGUAUUUCAGCGAAUUGUCGUUAGGGUUUGUAAGGGAUAUGGCGUAGAUUUAGACAUCUUACAUGUAAGUCUUAGCUCAUUGUUUCCUGAAAUAUGAACGCUUGAAAUUAUGCAAGUAUUUAAUUAAUAGGUCUUUACAAACUUAAAGGGUACAUGAAAGACCAUGCAAGGCAGACGCUUAAAUUUUUCUUAAAUAGCCUAAGUUUUUAUGUUUUUCAUGGGUUCAAAACAGAGUUGAUUAUUCCUCGGUUAGAGCAGGGUGAAUAUUAUUCUUUAAUGAAGGAAAUAAUAUUGCUUUUUGCAAAUACACAUGCAUCACAGUAUCAACGCUACUAUUUACGUUUUGUUCCAAAAAUGUUGGAUGUCUCUGGGGAGUUGCUUGUUAUGUCUUAUGGAGUUGUAUGGUUUGAUUGUGUUUCAUUCUCAGUUUAUUCUGAACUUGCCAAGAUUAAGAAAAGGCAAAAGAGUUUGGGUGUUCUUAACAAGAUUUCAGAACGUUGCAGAAGUUAGAAGAGCUUCACAAUUCCAUUGUGACAGCAUGCCCUAAUUCUGAACUACGAACGAUCCAUGACGAUCCUUGGCGAUGCAGUGGUCUCAUGAAAUAAGGAAACGUAUAUAUUCGUGCUAGGAACACAUGCGGAUUUCGGAUGAAUAAAUCUUGUUUGUAUUUUGUAGAUAAUAAUACUUUGUUUCAUAAUAAACAAUUUGUCAAGUGUCAUUUAUUUACUGGUAAUAGUGCAUGUUUCAGUCGGGCAAAUCUUGAUUAAUAUUUGAUACGCCGCUUUUUGCAUAUUUCAGACACAUCCAGAAAUAUCCUCCCGAAUUUAAAGAUUAAUAUCUCCGUGAAUUUUUAAGUGAAAUACAACUGUAAUAUAUCAAAAUCUAAGUUAGUCCUUCCUCUAUUUGAUGCAAGUUAUUUCUCUUUAAAAGCUUUACUUGUUUAGAAGUUAUUACGAAUCAAACCGGAGUACUUUUUUUUGGGACACCCGGUAUUUUCAGAGGACUUGUUGCAACAGAGAGAUGUUGUUUUGCUCAGCUUCUGAAAGUUGUACAUUCCGUAUCAGAUAGGUGCUUUUUCACGCUGCUAUGGAAAGCCAUCCGUACAAUGUAAACAUAGCCAAGUUGUAAUAAAAUUUUAUUGUGUUUUGCAUGUUUCACUGAGUAAAAUUUCUCCACCGUAGUCUCCAAUGCACUAUUUGCAUUAUAGACUAAAUUUUGAUCUAAACAAGUCUAGACAAAAAUUUCAUCACAGCUUGAAAGAGCAUCACAAAAAUUAGUAAUAUUCCAAAGUUUUGUUGCAAAAUGUUGUAAAAUGCGGACAAUAUAGCCUUGCGAAGUUUGCCGUUUUUCAGUCAUUUUGUAUUACAAACAGGAAAUUGACAGCCCCAAAGGGUAUUGGGCUGUCAAUUUCCCCCGCGUAAUGCAAAAUGACUGAAAAACGGCAAACUUUGCAAGGCUAUAUUAUUCGCAUUUUACAACAUUUUGCAACAAAACUUUGUAAUAUUACUAAUUUUGUGAUGCUCUUUCAAACUGUGAUGAAAUUUUUGUCUAGACUUGUUUUAUAGAUCAAAAUUUAGUCUAUAAUGCAAAUGUCCAUUGGUUUCAUAUUUCCAUUUCAGCGAUCAAGGAUUCAAGUAUGGCUCUAUGAACAGACAAAUAUGAGAAUUGAAGGACAUAUUAUUGUAAGUAUCUUUAAUCCACUGGGUGCCAGGGAGUCCCCUUGAUGAGUAAAAUUGUCUGGCAUUAGACAGAGUAAAGUAAUAAAGACAUAAUACAACUUAAUGGCAAAUGCUUUGCUAGUGGUUUUGUUCAAAUUAUUUUUUCUUUGUCAACCUAUUAUAUUGCAUGUAUUGGGUCAUUCCAGAACUGAUCCACCCUACUCCAAGGACAAAAGUUCUGCCGUCCGGAGGGGUACGGGAGAAAUAUUUGUUUGUGAUAAUAGUAAGUGUAUUAGGACAUCCAAAGGCGGUAGGUGGUUGACUUUCAAUUUCCUCUGUGGGGGAGGCAGGAGUGGAAAAAAUAGGCGAGCACGCGAGCACUGCUCGCAUGAAAUGUUAAACAGCUACAGGAAAUUUGUUUGAAUGAAGAUUUGCUAUUGAAAAUUUGAAGGAAACCUUAACACCCAUGUCCCACUUUGGGCACAACAACAUAUGGUUGACAGACAUUAUUCCUUGAAUUUAAAACCAUGGUCAGCUAGAACACUAUAUGUUUAUGCACAUGUAGAUUUAGCACAAAAAUACUCUGUUGGUCUGCAGGAAAUCUUUGUCUCCAGGCUGUGCUUCCAGAAAGAAAAUUCUUUUUUCCUCCCCUGGGGAGGUAUGGAAUAUGGAUGUUUUCUGGAAUAAAUAAUGAUUUAAUCUUUUUGUGUUUUCAGGGAUUUGAUGAAUACAUGAACCUUGUCCUGGAUGAAGCUGAGGAAGUUCAUUUAAAAAGAAAAACUAGGAAAACUUUAGGUGAGUCUUCAAUAACCCUUGCACUGGUUUUGAUCAUCAACAUCAUCAUUCCACACUCCCCCAGACCAAAUUUCUGUCUUUGAAUACUAUGAGUCUGACUUUUUAAAAAUAACCAGCCUUUGAUGUGCAACUUGGAAGUCUAGUUGUUUAAAAUUGUAGUCUGUGUCAGCAUAGGUUGUGUAAGUAAAGUAAGUAAAGCUUUGACGUUUUGAGGGAAUGCCCUUCGUCUUGAAGAUUUACUAAUUUCACAAUUGAGCCCCUAUCCAUAUGCAGUUUUUUUGGUCUGGUUGUUGACCAUGGGCAGUUUUACUAGGGGGGGGGGUUAACCCUCUCCCUCCCCCCUAGAAUCUCUCUAACCCCUCUAAUAAAGAGUUCAACCCCACCAAAAUUUUGCUUCACCCCUCCUAUUUUGUGUGAAAGACUUUAACCCUAACACCUAACCUCUGUCGAAGCUCACUGAGUGGUGCCGCUUGCACCUCACCAGAAAUUUUUCUACCCCUCCUUUUAAAUAAAUGAAAAUCUGCCCUUGUUGUUGAAUGUUGAGGCCUUGAAAUAACUGCUGGUCAAUCAUAUGUAAUUUUUUCAGUUUGAUCACCACAUAUUUCGCUUACUGUACACGAAAAAAGCCAUUGUCAUGAUGACCGGUAUACCUUCCAGAUUUAUUUCGAGGCCUGAAAGUUUUUGUAUUUUAUACCAAUGAGAGACAUGUACUGUAUAGCUUGAUUGUCUCAGGGAUGUCAAAAUUCAUGGUAACCAAUAUCCACAAGUGGGAUACUGGCUUCUCAGAUGGGAUACUAGAACUUCCAAUCCUGGUAUCCUUGUGGGGUACUGCGAAAAUGUUACAUUCAGCAGCCCUCGAAAACGAGGUUGGGCAUUCGGCAAUGCCGACCUAUCAACCUCCCAGAUCGGCAACCGGCCUUACUUCAGCCAAAGUAAGAAUUUUUUUGGUGCUGAUAGCUGUUAAAAAGUCAGCGAUUGUAGAAUUUGAUUCGUAGUUCGAUUAAUAACUAAACACACUUCAGUGUAAGGUUUAGAAAUUGACAGGUAUUUCUAGUAUAUCUAAUUUAGGUAAGACUCCAAAAGAAAGGCUGUCGUAUUACUGUAGUUUGCAUUUACACAGAAAAAGGCAUGCUUUAUAUUCCAAUUUCAAUGGUUUGUAAUUACGUGAUUACUAGUGCUCCAAGACAUAGAAACAGAUUUUAAAAAUGCCGAGACGUGCCGACCUAGGUCAGAUUUAGGUCAGCAUUUUUUUGCCGACCUCAAUUUUGACGGUUUUCGAGGGCUGUUUCAGAGCCUUCAUUAUUGGUGCAGUGCAACUUCAUGUGUUAAUACUUGGUUGUUUUUUUCAGGACGUAUCUUGCUCAAAGGAGAUAACAUCACGUUGAUCAUGAGCGUCGCAACAGAGGCAGCAACACAAUAA